CGCGGUCAUAAUGGAGGUUGUCGGAACUUUCUAGCACGGUACGACGUUAACAUCUUUGCCGUUAAUUUUCAUCGUCAACGUCACGAUUUUAUUAUUAUUUACCCUGGAUAAAGGUCUGGACCCAUCUGUGCAAUAAAAACUUAUGUAACCGGGUCGAAAACAACUAGAAGUGAAUAGUUCCGCAGACGUCCACAAAACAAUGGGGAAAGAUUAUUACAAGAUCUUGGAUAUUCCGCGCAACGCAAGCGAAGACGAGAUUAGGAAAGCUUACCGAAAGAUGGCUUUGAAGUAUCAUCCAGACAAAAACAAAAGCACUGGAGCAGAAGACCAGUUCAAAGAAAUAGCAGAAGCGUAUGAAGUUCUUAGCGACCCUCAAAAAAGGGAGAUAUUUGAUAAGUACGGUGAAGAAGGCUUGAAAGGAACUGGCAAACCUCAAGCGAGUACGACAGAGUUUAAUUUUCAAAUGCCGCCUGGAUUUACAGCUUUUACUUUCCAUGGAGACCCGAUGUCCACGUUUUCAAGAGUCUUUGGACGAGACGAUCCCUUUAGAGGUAGGUCUACAUGCAUUGAAAUGUCGAGAUAAUAUCUCAAGUUGAAUAUCGCUUUGAAAAUUUUACAUGCUAAUUCAAUAUAACUGAAAAGUUUUGUUCGAUGCAAUACUAUACAUGGUCGCCUUCGGUUGUAUUAAACCUCGCUGCACCUGUUAUAUUUAGAGUUGUAUGCUAUUUUAAACAAAGACGUUCAUUAACACGACUCAAUUUUUUUUGUAUAACUUUCUUCAAAAUUUUUCCUCUAUUUUAUGCUCUAUUUUUGCUAAGAUGUAACGUCAAUCUUCCAAAUUAUGAAGUGUUUUCUAAGAUGAUUUCGAUAUGCCAUCCCCUUUCAUGGUCGUUGAACUAUAGAAAUUAGCCGUAGUUGUUAAUAAAUUUGUUCUUUUGUGCCAAUUAAAUUUAUGGACUUGUGGCUGGGUAAGGAAAAUAAUACCAUUAGAAAUAGCCCAUUGUUGUUAAACAGACUGAGAUAAACUGCUACUGUCAUCUUAGGGGGCAAUCGCAUGGAAAAUUAAGGGAACUUUCUAGAGUUUUUUUUUUAAUUGUUGAUUUAGGGAAGUAUUCAGAGAAGUCAGUUUAAACAUUAUCCCUAGCUGAAAAGCUAUUGAAAUUUAUUUUUCUUGGAAGAAAUGUUGCUUUUUGGUCUAAAUUUGACAUCAGCUGGAAGAAACUAGAACAUUUUAAGUCAGAAAAAUAUUCAUCAUUCUAUACUGGAAAGUUUUUUUUCCUUUUAAAAAAAAUCUCCCUUUGUGGUAUAGAGUUGCAAAAUAGAAAAAAUCAGUGAAAAAACUAGAACAUUCUGUUUUGUUUGCAAACUUAAUGAAAGCAAACAUUCAAACAUUGUUGUCUGGGUUUAUCUCAUAAAAAAAAAAAAUAGGCCAUAUUUUUCUUGUUAUGGCUCAAGAACUAAGGAAGAAUUAACUCAUCAACAUUCUUAUUUCUUUAGCAUGGUAUUAACAGGGUCAGUUUGGAUAUUUUUUGCACUUAAGUUUAAGAAACUUGUGCACAAAACCGACUGAUGUGCUCAAUUAAGUUCAGUUUCUGGAGAACACAAUUUUCCUGGUCCUAGCUGCCAUUGUCAGAAAAUUUUCACUGUGGUGCAAAAAAUGGGAACACCUCUUUCUAGCAAUGCAUAGGAAUUUUCUGGAAAGUCUACUUUACAACAGUGAUUGUUGUAAAUUAUUCACACUAAUUUAGGUCCAUUCAAUACAGAAUUUAAGCUAUUUGUUCCUUGUGUCUGUAUGAUUUUUCUAGAAGCUUUUUAUACCUAUUUCUAGCUUUAAAAAAAACAUAUAGCUUAAUUUAUAGGGAUUGAAUGAACCAUUUUUUCAUUUGCUCUGUUUUGCAUUUUCUGAAAAAGAGUAAGGGAUAAUUAUUGAGUUGUGCAAAUUACUAAUUUUUGUGUUCUGGCAUUCUGAGUGUUAGUUUUGUGGCAUGUUUUAAAGUUAGACUGAAGUGGUGUGCAGGUCUUUCCAGGUGGUCCUUUGAUGGGGAAGUAUGCUCCAGAAACCAUAUGAUUAUGAUCUUUGUCAAGUGAAAGAAAUUCAUAAUGAAAUGUAAAAUUGUUUCCAUAUGUGCUCUAAUUUGACUUUGGACACAGCCAUUUUAAAAGAGAGUAGCUGAUUUGCCACACAAUUUUCUAAAUAGCAUCAUCUGUAGUUGAAGUAAAGCAUAUAUAGGACAAUUUUAUGUUAAGUUAAUUUUCUCUUCAGAUUCUCAAAAUGCACUCAGUGUGCCAUCCACUAAUAAAUUCACCUAUGCUUCUAAAUUGCUGCAAUGAAAUGUAAAUUUUGGAACAUACUUUUCCUUUAAAUUGGAAGCCUUCAAACAGAGACUUUUGUUCCACCUUGAUUGCAAGCACCUUGCUAGCCAUCCAGUUCUAAUUUGAAAUUUCUUUCCCAGUCAAGGAUGUACAGAUUAUUUGUUGUAGAAACUGGCACUUUUCCUAAGUGAGAUGCUUUUUCAUGUGUUUUCUAGGUUUUCCAAAUGAUGGGCCAUCUAAAGUUAUUCAAACACCAUUAUUUAUUCUUCUGAUGAUCAAACAUAAUGUUUUUAAGUCUUUUUUGUUUUGUUUAUGGAUAUAUAACUAAUGGUGCACUCUCUACUAGGAAUGUUCGAUCAAGGUUUUGGCAUGCAAGGUGGGGCAUUUGGAGGAGGUGACUUUUCAGAUAUGGGAGGUUUCCAUUCCAGCUUUCGUCAUCAGAGUUACCCUGGCUUCAGUCGUCAGAGAUCAUCAUCCUUUGAAGAUAUGCAUUCAUUUGCUCGCAAAAAGGCUCAAGAUCCUCCCAUAGAGAAAUACCUCAUGGUGACUCUAGAGGAGUUGUUAUCAGGAACUACCAAAAAACUGAAGAUCAUUAAAAAAGUUUUGAAUCAAGACCGAGUGACAACUCACCCUGAAGAAAAGAUUCUCACCAUUGAAGUGAAAAAGGGCUGGAAGGAAGGAACAAAAAUUACUUUCCCAGAAGAAGGGGACCAAAAACCACACACUGUUCCUGCUGACAUCGUUUUCACAAUCAAGGACAAGCCCCAUGUUAAUUUCAAACGAGAUCAAGAUAAUAACAUUUUGUACACUGCUCCCUUAUCUCUCAGAGAUGCCUUAACUGGUCAUACAACAGCUUCAAUGGUACCAGUUCCAACACUAGAUGGACGGACUGUCAAUAUUCCAUUAAACAGUAUCAUUAAACCUGGGGCAAAACGCAGAAUUAAAGGUGAAGGUUUGCCACUACCCAAGAGGCUGAAUCAGCGAGCUGACAUGAUGGUGGAAUUUGAAGUUGUGUUUCCAACACAACUUUCUACAUCAAACAUUGAUUUAUUAAAGAAUGCUUUACCUGAGUGAGACAAGAAAACUUAUUUAUAAGUGAUUAUUUAUUUAUUUUUCCGAUUUCACCACAAGUGGUUGAAUGACAUGAAAGUACUCUUUCAUGGGAACUGUUUCCCUUUGUUCUUUUCAUAAGAAUCAGCAGUGUUCUUAACUAUUUCAUUCAAUGUUUUUUUCCAGUUGGGAAGAAUGACACAAAGGGAAAAUGAGUGUUAAAUUAAAUUAAGUUUCUAAGUGUGACAAAAGACUUUUCAAGUUUGGAUUUAUUGGUGUCAAAUUUCACUGUGACUGGGUAGAAGACUUGUUCGUUCAUGAUAAAUGUUGUUAAUGUUUGGAUCACUAGAAUAGCAGUGGUGGGUAAUUAUUUUAGUCACCCCUUAGUUUUAUAUUGUCACCUUGUGGUGAGGCAGUAAGGACUAGGCUGAUCAUCAUCAAGUUGUUCUGAUUUUUCAGAGACUGUACUUUAUAUUAUGAUCAUUGCUUCCAAAUUUCUGCUAUGUCUUGCAUACACUUUGCUUUAUCACUUUGCUCAGUGAGAGAGUGGAAAAUUGGCUAAUGAAAAUUUGAAGACCAAGUAAUUAGCAUGCUAAUUGGGUGAAAAUGAUAAUGUUAAUAUUAAUUUUUCAGCUAUCAGAAUGAAUGAUUUCACCCUCAUCAUAAAUUUAUACAUAAUGUUGUUGACACACCAAAAAAACAAAAAACAGAAGCAGGCUGUUGGUAUUGGUGUGCAGUUUGUAAAUAGAUACCAAUAUGUUUGGUUGGAACUGUGGAUUGAUAGUAAAUUAUGUUUUGUUGUUAACCCACAAGAGUUAAUGUAAAGCAAGUCAGGCAGAGUCCUUAUGGUAGGGAAUCCAAAAUUUAAGUAAAAAUUAAUAUAAUUGAGUGUUAGCUCUAUGGGUAUACAUGACAAAAUGUUUAUCUUUUUCCACUUGUAUCAGAAAUGAGUACUGAGUGUAUAUUUUCUUAACUUAUUAGGAAAAUAAAACAUGCAC